AAACCUCCACUACCAUCCCACGAUGAGUUGGGGAAGCGGCAACGCAAACCGGACUACAAUACCAAUCAAUCUGCUAGACAAGCGAAGCUCGAUAUGUCUUAUUUAGACUUCGAAUGUGAGAAUGUUCGUCUGUGUCUUGAAAAGCCUUGCACAGGGCAGCAAGUUUUUGCCCAAAAUAUCGAGUCUCGCUCAUCAGGGCAACUGGAACGGUACUGCAAAACGUUUACUUGUUGCUAUCCUCUCUUUUUGGAGGAAGAGGACGAGCUUCGGAAAUGGGCGGUUACGGUCAAUACCACAAAGCCCAUCUAG